CCUCGAUGCUUACCUGGUGUUCCAUCGGUCAUAUGAUGAUGCGUGCCCUCAUUUCUUGGCAUUGCCUGUAGCCAACAGUCAGCACCUGACUCGACACUAACAAACAUGAAGCGAUUUUUUAUUUUCGAGACAUAUCCAAUGGAUUUUCUCUGACAUGAUGGCUGUUCUCUUCAUGUCUUCUCAUGUCUGUUCAACAGGGCAAGACAGUUGAUGAUCUGUUGUCGCCCGACAUGCCCGCGACUAAAUCACCUUGCCGAUAUCGGCCCGGAUUUACCCAUAAUCCGAACAUCCCACGCUAAAAUCACUGCAGUGUGCUCAAACAGACAGGUGGGGGAUGACUGAAAGCCGCCCAGUGAUGGUGCUAUCAUAAUGCUGCCCCUCUUCAAACAUCCCAACCUCCGUACUACUCUCCUCCGUCGCAUUCAGGGUAUCCCUGCUCCUCGAAUCUCAAAACGCGGACUAGCUUGCUGUUCCAACCCCUUCCACGACAUGGCCCAUUCCCCCGACCAGCAGACCGUCCGUCGGUACCUGCAGCAAUCGCACGAGCGGAUCUUCGAAAACAACCGGAAAUGGGUUGCCACGAAGACGGAGUCCGAUCCGGCCUUCUUCGACAAGCUCGCUGCGGGCCAGCAGCCUGAGUACCUGUACAUCGGGUGUAGCGAUAGCCGAGUUCCCGCCAACGAGAUCAUGGGCCUCGACGCCGGCGAAGUCUUCGUCCACCGCAACAUCGCGAACCUCGUGCCGACGGUCGACCUCAACGUCAUGUCCGUCAUCAACUACGCCGUACGCCACCUGCGCGUCAAGCACAUCGUCGUCUGCGGCCACUACAACUGCGGAGGGGUUCAAGCCGCGCUGACGCCCACCGACCUGGGCAUCCUCAACCCGUGGCUCCGGAACAUCCGCGACGUGUACCGUCUGCACGAGCAGGAGCUCGACCAGAUCACGGACGAGACGGCGAGGUUCAACCGGCUGGUGGAGCUGAACGUAAUUGAGUCCUGCCGGAAUAUCAUCAAGACGGCCGCUGUUCAGCAGAGUUAUCAGGAGAAUGAGUAUCCGAUUGUUCACGGGUGGGUCUUUGACUUGAAGGUUGGUCUGUUGAAGGACCUUCAUGUCGAUUUCGAGGCUACCCUGCGCGAUAUCAAGAAGAUUUACAAUCUUCCUUCCAGCUCGAAGGCCUCUAACUGAACGAGGUGUUGCGAUCCUCUAUUAGCACUUGCCAUUGAAUUGAUGGAGUGAAUUAAGGGAUAUGAUUUACGGCAAUUCUGUGGCGGAAUCUUGGAGACCGGCUAUGUGGGCAUAUAUGCAAAUACACACGUGCUCCGAGCCGCUUGACUUGGUAUCCAAAUUUUGCUGCUUAUUGCUAUAAUCUUAGAUAGGAAUAUCGAGUUUUUGAAACAAUGCAUCGAUAUUAAGUCAUACUUAA